UUCCGAGAAUGUAAUCCGUAGACAUUCACAUCUAGACAUCCACGUACAGGUUCCAAUUAAAACAAAAACACAACUACCUACACACCCUUACACACACAAACCCACAACACACAACCAUGCCCCCCAACCCCCACCCCCGCCCCCACCCCCGCUCCUGCUCCCUCAAAACCCACCGCUUCCUCCCCGCCGGCGCGCACGGCAUGCGGCUGUCGCGGCCCUGCUUCCGCGCGACCUGCGCCACGUGCCGGCGGUGGCAGCGGCAGGUGCGGGCGUUCUGCAUCUCUGAAGAUGAGGCUCUCGCUCUCACUCCUGAAGACGAGGCUCUCGCUCUCGCUCCGCUCGAGCGCGGCAACGCUAGUGGCCGUGGCCGUGGUGGUGGUGCAAGAGGAGGAGGAGCGAGGAAGAGGAGAGAGAGCUGGGGCAGCGGGGCGUACGGCUAUGGCGUGAAGACAACAACAACAACAACAACAACAACAACAACAGGGACGAGGAGCAAACGCAGACGCAGCGGCAGUGCCAUUGCCAGCGCCAGAGCCGGCUAUGUGCGCGGGCGCUGGGCAUCGGUGCUCGUGUUCCGGCAGCGGGACGCGCGCGUCGCGUUCGCGUCGCUAGUGCAGCGACAGCAGCAGCAUCAGCAGCAGCCGAAGCUCGUGCUGCUGCUCAAGCGCCACAAGGGCCGGGAAUGGAUCGAGUGCUGCUGGAGAGGCUGAGGAGCAUGAGCGCGAGAUGGCGUAUGUAACGGGAGACGGCGGGGCCCGGGGGCGGGAACAGCAGCGCAGGACUGAGGUGUUCGGCCGCGCCCCCGGUCGGGCCAUGGAAGGAGGCGUCGGCAGAUAAGAAUACCACGCAAGUACGAUGCCCGUACGUACAUAGUGGUAGGGCUGAAGCAGCCAGGGGCUGGCCCGGUCGUUGGUCUCGAGGGGGCCCGCGCACCGCGGAGCCUCGCGGCGUCCUUUGCGCGCCACUGCCAGCGAUGCAAGCAAGCAAGCAAGCAAGUGCCGAGAAGCUGCGCCGGGCGGGCCAGGGCCAGUCCGAGUGUCCGAGUCCGAGUCCAGUCGCGCGAGCUGUGCCUGAUG